GCCUUUCAUCGAUUCCGGUACCUGAAAUCAAUUGAGAAGAAUGGAGGAAGAGAAAGCGGUGGCUUACUACAACGAGCUCACGCGCAGAGGCGAAGGAGCUGCAAGGUUCAAGCAAGGUCUCGGUUUCUCCUCCAACAACGAUCGGAAGGAUGCCAUUCCAGAACGAGGUUCGGCUCUGCCUUCAUCUUCUUCCUUUCUUAGCACCUUUGUCAGGGCCUCGAGCCCUAGCUCCACCUCCAAGCUCGAGAAACAGUCUCAACUGCAGUCCAUUCAGAACAAGCUCAAAAGGAAGCCAGAAAAAGAACCUAGGGUUUCAGAGAGAAGCAGCCACAGGGAUCGCUCUAGAAGCCGAGACAGAGAUAGAGAUAGGCAUUCGAGGAGGCGAAGCAAAAGCAGGAGCAGAAGCCGAGAGAGGAGGAGGCGGAGGAGCAGGAGUAGGUCACCGCGUCGAGAGCGAAGGUCAGAGAGGACAAGAAGCAGGAGUAGGUCUCCACGUAGAGAGCGACGGUCAGAGAAGAGGCGGAGCAGGAGCAGGAGUAGGUCGCCGCGAGAGCGGAGGAGAUCAGAGAGGGAGGGAAAAGCCACGAAAGAGAGAAACGGCGAAGUUGAUUAUUCACGGUUAAUUGAAGGAUAUGACAAGAUGGUAUGUGUGUUUUCUCUUUAUUAAUUUCAGCUUUGCAAAACGACUUAUGGUUAGUUCUGCCACUUUCAUGUUUAAUUGCAAUCAGUUGCUGAUAGAAUUAGAACCAUAAAGAUGAAAAAUUAUAGCAUUUAGACGUUUCAGAGAUGCUCUGUGAGUUUAUUCUGUGAUUAUCUGGAUCAGUAAUCCCUGCUGCCUCUAUCGGGACGCCGGAUUUGAAAAAUAGCUGCUUGAAUCUUAGAAGUGCAUUAACAGUGUAAAUUUAUGGGGACAGACAACUUGAAUGAGCAUGAUAUGCAAAUAGAAAUGGAAUAGUGGUCUUUCUAACUGCAGAUGAGAUUAGACCUGGUUACAUGCAUGUUUAUUUGAAAAGAACAUCAUAGAGAAGGUGGGGAUCAUAUCAUGAUAGGGGGAUACAUGACACUUCACCUUGGGCAGAGUUUUGAAAUGUGAAGUGGAGAGAACAGACAACUUUAAAAUUGUAACAAAGCAACGGGUAUGGAUAGGUACAGAGAACUUCUUCAAAUGGUCUUUAGACAUCCUUCAUACCUUAAAGCUGAAAAAAGAAAAAUAGAGAUUGAGAAAAUGUUGCAAUCAUGAUGGUAUUUUGUACUGUUAUGAGUAUUAAUGAAACCUGAGUACAAGAAUGUAAAUUUUUUCCUAACAAUUCCUGGAUUUAGUAUCUUACAUUUGUUUUGCUUCUGAAAUUAUUAGUUUGUUGGUAGAGUUAUGCCAAUAACUAGGACAAUAAUUGAUCAAAAAGGUUUGCGGUGAGUACAUCCUUUCUAAGUAAAUUUGCUGUGAUUUACUUUACAAAGAAUAUGUGUGACAAUGUUUCUGCUCUGAACAGUCAGCUGCAGAAAGAGUAAAAGCCAAGAUGAAGUUACAGCUUGCCGAAACAGGUAACCCUAUACUAAUAGAUAUUUCUUUUGUUC